AUGAGAUCCACAAAAGACGUACCGCACCCAGUAACACAGAACUUUACCCUGGCUCUCCUUCAUCCUGAGAUUACGACGACCGUGUUCCCUCAUAUCCGCGCCAUCCAGGGUGACGGCACGAUCCUCUUCCACAGGCAGCACAUGGACAGAGUCGAGGAGCCGCUGGGGACAGUGUUUUCCGUGGUGUAUGGUCUAGAUGGCUUGCGAUCCCGGUGGCUCUCGCCACAUACCUCGCCACUGUUUACUUUCACGGGGUGA